AUGUCUACAGGUCGCUCUCAGCACACGGCUACCUCGAGCAUGCGGCGCCGACAGGAGGCCGAGCGCCCCGCGGCAGAGGAGCGUGAGCGAGCAGCUGUAGCAGCAGCUGCUGCGGCAGCAAGGGUGUCGAGGCUGGCUGCAGCGGAGGUAGAAGCAGCCAGGGCGGAGGUAGAAGCUGCAGCGGCAGCAGACGCAACACGCGAGGCUGCGGCGGAUGCCAAGGCACUCCGCGGCGGCUCCGACAGCUACAACAGCUCCGCGGCUGCGGACGACGGCGUCGAUGCAGAUCGCGCCAGCGCCAAAGUGGCGCAAGAGCGGACGGCGCAGUGGGCAGCCGAGCACGCCCACGCUCCAGGUGCAGGCGUGCACCGCGACGGCGGCUGCAAUGACCAGGACCGCGGCCUCUACGAGGUCCGGACUGUGGUCAGGGAUGUUGGUUCCAGUGUUGGGUGGCCCACCCUCACUAAAACCAACUACGUCGAGUGGGCCGAGAUCAUGAAGAUCAGGCUCCAGGUGCGGCGCCUAUGGGAGGCAGUCCAGGACAGCAACGUCGACCACCUAGAGGAUCGACGGACGCUGGACGCCCUCAUCGCCGCAGUCCCGCCCGAGAUGCAGUUCUCGCUUUCCAACAAGCGGACUGCCAAGGAGGCUUGGGACGCCAUCGCCGCGGCACGCAUCGGCAGCGAUCGUGCUCGCAAGUCCACCCUGCAGGCACUCCGUAAGGAGUGGGAGAGCCUGGUUUUCAAGCCAGGUGAGGACGUUGAUGACUUUGCUCUCCGUCUCAACACUCUGCUGCAGAAGUUGGUGCAGUUUGGCGAUGCCACCUACACCAAGGAGAGAGCUGUCGAGAAGCCUUUUCGGUGCAUCCCCGAGAAGUACAAGCAGAUGGCUCGGUCGAUCGAGUCUUUGCUGGACCUCUCCACGAUGACGAUCGAGGAGGCGAUAGGUCGCCUCAUGGUCGUCGACACCGACGAGCCACAACCUUCCUCGGCACCCAUCACCACCGGUGGGAAGCUGCUCCUAACUCGGGAGCCGUGGGAUGCCAGCCUUGGUGACAGGAAGAAGGGGGAGCCUUCUUCCACGACGGGCGGCCGCAAGCGUGGCAAGCAGCGUAAGGCGCGAAGAGGCCCCCCGGGCAGGGCACAAGGACGUGCCGAGGGUGACGCCCGCGGAGGCGCCAAGGACGGCGUCGCUGGCAAGCCCAAGCCAGCACAAGACAACAGUUGCCACAACUGUGGCCGGUUUGGCCAUUGGGCCAAUGAGUGUCGGCAACCACGACAAGGCCAGGCUCAUGUCGCACAGGCGAAGGAGGAGACGGCUCUGUUCAUGGCGCAUGCAAGCAUUGAGCUACCUUCAGCGACUCCAGUCGCAAAGGCUUUCAUCCAUCUCAAUGAGCCAAAAGCACACGCUCUUCUCGGCGAUGGCUCUGGGAAGGACAAGACUACAGGGUGGCGCCUCGACACCGGCGCCACCCACCACAUGACCGGGCGAAGGGAAUUCUUCGCCGAGCUCGACUCCGAUGCGCGAGGCUCCGCCAAGUUUGGGGAUACCUCCGCUAUGGAGAUAAAGGGCGUCGGUUCCGUCAUCUUCACCACCAAGACAAGAGAGCAUCGGCUGCUCACCGGUGUUUACUACAUCCCCGCGCUAAGGAACUCCAUCAUCAGCUUGGGAGAGCUGGAUGAGAACGGCUCACGCGUGCUGAUUGAGCAUGGGGUCCUACGCAUCUGGGAUCGCCAGCGUCGCCUUCUUGCCAAGGUACCCAGAGGUGAAAAUCGACUCUACGUCCUUGAUGUGCAGGUGGCACAACCGGUCUGUCUCGCGGUCCGUCGGGACGACGAGGCGUGGCAGUGGCAUGAGCGCUUUGGGCACCUUCAUUUUGAGGCCCUGAAGCGUCUAAGUGCCAAGGGGAUGGUGCGAGGCCUUCGACCAUGUGGAGCAGUUCUGCGACAUCUGCGUGCUGACGAAGCAGAGACGACUCCCCUUUCCCCAACAGGCGAGUUUUCGGGCCAAGGAGAAGCUGGAGCUCGUGCACGGAGACCUGUGCGGCCCGGUGACGCCAGCCACACUAGGAGGUCGACGCUACUUUUUACUGCUCGUCGACGAUCUCUCCCGCUACAUGUGGGUGAUGAUCCUCGGCAGUAA